AUGUCUGAACUAUCUUUUGAAGGCCAAGAAUCGAAGACAGUCCCCUACUGCCACGACUGCCCUCCACAAUAUGACCUAUGCCAGCCAAGCCAAGAUGUACUCACCUUUGUCAUUGAGAACGAGCAUAUUUGCCGGAUAUUAGUCGAUCGGCUAGAUAAUAUGGGGACAGAGUUCUUCAACUUGGCAGAGAAGAACCCGGCCGAAACUGAUUACCUUCUACUUACGGAGUUACUUCUCGAAGCGGGUGAGGUAUUUACAGAGGGGAUACAGAUUAGUGCAGAGUUGGCAAAUGUUUAUAAGGAACGCACCGUUCAGACCACCGAACUCUAUACCGCCAUGUCAAGACUCUCUGUUAGUGAGUUCAAACGGACCUAUGCUUCUUUAAAGCGGGAUCAAAACCGGCAGAUGCGACACGAGUUGGCUCAGGACAAUAAGGACCGCGGCGACAGCUAUGACACGGGUUGUGGAGACAAUUCCCAACGCUCUUUGGGGGUCAAGCAAAUAGAGGGAGCUGGAGAUUGA